GAAUCACUAUUUCCGGUAUCACACAAAACAGAGUGGAACUUCAAUAUUGUUGGCAUAUUCUAUGUUCUUUUCCGUAUUUUCGCCGCGUUAGCGGAGAAUCAUUAAUCAUGCAGAUCUUUGUGAAAACUCUUACGGGGAAAACCAUCACCCUCGAGGUUGAGGCGUCUGAUACGAUCGAAAAUGUGAAGGCAAAAAUUCAAGAUAAAGAAGGAAUUCCACCAGAUCAGCAGCGAUUGAUCUUUGCUGGCAAACAAUUAGAAGAUGGUAGGACUUUGUCCGAUUAUAAUAUACAAAAGGAAUCUACGUUACACUUAGUGUUGCGCUUGCGAGGAGGUGCCAAGAAGCGCAAGAAGAAGAAUUAUUCCACCCCAAAGAAGAUCAAGCACAAGAAGAAGAAGGUCAAGCUUGCUGUGCUAAAAUACUACAAGGUAGAUGAAAACGGAAAAAUCCACCGUUUGAGACGAGAAUGCCCAAUGGAACAAUGUGGUGCUGGUGUAUUCAUGGCGGCAAUGGAGGAUCGUCAUUAUUGUGGCAAAUGUGGAUACACACUUGUAUUCAAUAAACCAGAAGAGAAAUAAAUUCUAAGAAUAUAUUUCCAUUUA